AUGCAACUCUAUCGCAGUCUAAUACCCCUUGCCGCCUCAAACCCACAUGUUCACUAUGCCUUCCUUCUCUGUGCUUCUACUCAUCUCGCAUCACAGAGCGGACGUCGGGCAGAGUUGCAAUUGGAGCAAUUACGCUAUAGUAGCAAGGCGCUUUUGUCGGUUCGUCAAGCGAUAUCGUCAGCUAGUUGCUUUGAUGUAGAAGCCCUGUUGACUGCGAUGAUCUUUCUUGCUAUGAAUAAUGACGUGUCCUUGGAAGCACAUCAUGACACUAACCCCUUUGCUCCGCCUUUUACGGAUAUGCAAUGGCUGUCACAUUAUGCUCGAAGUGAGCUACAACCUGAGCAUUGGAAGGCGAUUCAAAUCGUUGUGGAAAAGCACGGCGGUGCUGCGAAUUUGACUGUAUUUGCGAUGCCGUGGCUGCUUUCUUAUGCUGCUUUGAUUCAAUCUGCCAUAUCAUUUUCUAAACCUAUUUAUCCGCUUCUUCAGCCCGAUGGGCGGCUGUAUGCGGACAUUCCAACUAAGGCGUUCCUGGGAGAGAUAUACCAAGCACCACCAGUCAGUAGCGGGUUUGCCUACCUGCAAUCUGCAGGGAUUCCGGAAAAACUGGUGAUUGUCUUUUCUGGCUUGGGCCGGCUGUCGCGAGCACUUCAAAUGCUGAGUGACGGCUCUGUGGAUCGUCCUUAUUAUGAUCGAAUCGGCGAUUACCGCAAUCUCGUCCAGCAUCGAUUGCUGUCGUUGCCGACAGCCAACGAUUUACGAGAACCAAUUCUGGUGGACCGUACAGCAUUACAGCCUAUAUUGAAUCUCUACGAUGCAUGUCGUAUGACCGCUCUGUUGUACAGCACUCAUGUCACAUUUCCAAUUCCUAGAACAGCCAGCCAGAGAGAAGAUGUCGUUACAAGCCAUCGAAACAAACUUCUUGCGACGGGCCCGCAUAUCAGCCAAAGCACCGAAGCCUUGGAAUUACUACUCUGGUGUACUGUAAUUGGCGGAAUUGCAAGCGAACAUGGCACCCACCGACAUUGGUAUACGACAGAAGUCAAAAGGUUGUCCAGUUUAUGUGGCGUACAAUCCUGUUUACAACUAAUGGAAACGAUGGAGCGCUUUGCAUGGAUGGAGAAAGCUUGCCAGGCAUGUGCAUGUGCUUUGUGGAAUGCAGCAGAUGGCGACUCUCGAAUUACGCACGAACAAUGA